AGCUAUUUAUAGAAAUCUGUCGAGGAUGACGAUAAACACAACCAUUAAUUGGAGCUCCGACUGCUUACAGACGGUGGUUCGGUCAAGUACUCCUCACAUAUAGAAUGGUUGACAAAGCAGCAGAGCUAUACCACGCUGUGUGUGAAAAUAAUGCGGACAAAAUCCUAGAACUUCUGGACAGCGGGGCCAAUCCGAAUGAAUAUUAUGACGACAUGGAGAAUAUCAGUUCAAGCUCAAUCCUCCAUGUCUGUUGUGGAAAAGGGCAUCUCGAGUCGAUUCGGGUCCUCGUGGACAGAGGGGCCGACAUCAUGUCACGUGACAAAUGGCGGAUGUCACCACUGAUCCACGCCAUCAUGCCUCAGUUUACGGAAGUGGUUGAAUUCCUAGUAACAAGAUGCCCGGAUGUUGUCAAUAUGUGUGAUAAAUUUGGUAAAGCUCCAUUACAUUAUGCCAUUGAAUCAGACUGUGUGGCAAUGGUGAACUUGUUGAUUUGUAAUGGCGCAGAUGUAAACAUUGGGACAAUGAAAGGAAUUACCCCUCUCAUGUUGUUGUGUUCUAAAUCUGAUGUACAGCAUGACUCAGAGAUGAUGCGUCUACUGAUAAACCACGGAGCCUUAGUUAACUUGAGGGACUUGGCGGCCAAACGCAGUGCUUUACAAUAUGCCGCUCUUAAGCUGAAAGUUGAUGCGGUCCUGAUUCUGCUAGAGGCGGGCGGUGACCCCAAUACUCUGGACGGGGCCGGAAGGACCCCCAUGACUAACGUGAUCCGCCAGUGUGUGAGAGCUGACGGGACCAUCCGUACCGACGACUGUCUGACCAUUGUCCUGAUGCUACUCCACGCCGGAAGUGACGUCAACAUGACAACCUGUGAGGAAUGCUGUCCGCUCAUGGUGGCCUCGAUUUUGAGAUGCCCCACUUUGGUCAAGUUUUUCUUGGAUUAUGGCGCGAAUCCCGGUAUUCGAUUUGCCUGUGGAAUAACUCCCAUUUUGCCAGCCGUUUGUAACCACGACACCCAGACGAUCAGACUUUUGCUUGAAUACAACAGUCCUAUCAAUCUCCCAGGCCGAAUCGUCAGGCGGAGAGAGGAGUUCUACUUCGAUCCCUGUGAGCUGGCCAUCCACUUGGGUUUCUUUGACGUUGUGGAACUGUUAUAUGAUUAUGGCUAUAACCUAUCGAAAUACCCUUAUCUAGUUGAUCCAAUGGGCACUAUUGAUACUCCGGCGACGCUCAAAGAAAAUACCCUAGCUCUAGGGCAGCUAUGUUCGCUAGCAUCUAACCCUCAUUCGCUGUUUAAAGUUUCAGCUCUAACUAUUCGCAAAGUUUUACAGAAGAAUUUACACGACAAAGUCAGACUGUUAUCUCUGCCAUCAUCUGUACAGGAAGACUUGCUUUGUUUAGCUGCUCACUGACAAAAAAUAAAUAAAUAAAACAAUGGUCAAUGAAAGCCUUGUCAUGAAUUAACAAAAAACUGAUUUAUAAAUUACUCAAUUGACAAUUUUGAAGCACCCAACAAAAAUACAUUUUUAAGAGUUUACUUUGUUGAUAGCAUGUUAUGAAUACCAAGAAUAAUGUUAUUUUAAUUGAUUUGUAAUGUUAUCACAAACAAAGGCAUGUAAAUUUUUCUUUUUACAUGUAAGUGUAUGAUUGACUUAUCAUAUUUUUUUUGAACAUAUGCAUUGAUAUGUAUCACCCAUUUGUUUUGAAGGAUAUCUAGCGAUAUUCUUAAAUAAGGUAAUGUUGCUUUCGGUAAAUAUAAACAAUAAAAUGAAUUCUUUGACGAUUCAUGCGGGCUAUGAAGGUAACGAUGAUUGCAGAAAAAAUUAAAUAACCCGCUAACGCGGGUUACGUAUUUUUUCUGUAAUGUCGCCACGUUCAUAUCCCUCAUGAAUCACCAAAAGAAAGCAUUUUAUUGUUUCAAUAAUCAUGAUCUUUAAAAGAGACAAAUCUGCCCAGAUUGUUUAUACUUAUAUUCUGUGUGGGAUAUGAUACACAAAAUGGACUGAAGAAAAAAAAAUGGAAUUUUGACUGGAUAUUGUUUUAAACAUAAAUCCGCAUAAUUGCAUAUCAGAUGUAACUAUAGUUUGUAAGACUGAUACCCAAAAGUUUUGAAUAUAUCGAGGAACCAAUCUCCGUAACGGUGAGGUAACAGAAAAUCUUGUUUACCAAAAUAUGUUACAUUCUUCUAUUAGUUGAUGUCGCUCAAGGUUUGAUAAAAGCUAAAUGUACCCUACAUCUUUGUAUUGUAAUGAAAUAAAUAUUAAAUUGAAUUGAAUACUGAAAAAAUCAAUAAAAGCAGUCAUACUUGUUGGCUGUAUAUUUGUUUUCGAUUGAAUGCGAUGGAUGUGAAUUUUAAAACGAGA